AUGGUCUCCUCACGCCCCCCACAGAACCCCAUGGAGGGCGUCCCCCCGCACAUCCUCGCCCUGCUCGACCGUCUGCACGCCGAGUCCCUCGCGCAGGAAAAGGACAUGGACCGGUCCGUCUUUGUCGGCGCGAGCAGCGACGCGGCCAACAAGACGGCCGUGCGCGACAAGUUCAUCGCCCUCGACCGCGACAAGUGCCAGUACGUGUACGCCCUGUGCCGCGCCACCGACGCCCGCACCAUUGUCGAGGCAGGCACCUCGUUUGGCGUCAGCACCAUCUACCUGGCCCUCGCCGCCGCCGCCAACGCUGCCGCCGCCGCCGGUGGCAAGAAGCCUCGCGUCGUCGCGACCGAGCACGAGCCGACCAAGGCCGCGCGCGCACGAGAGUACUGGGCCCAGUGCGGCGACCGCGUCACCGGUGCCAUUGACCUCCGCGAGGGGGACCUGCGGGAGACGCUCAAGGAGGACCUUGACGAGGUCGAUCUUUUGCUGCUGGAUAUCUGGACCGAAAUGGCUCUGCCCACGCUCAAGAUUGUGCAGCAAAAGAUGCGCCGCGGCGCCAUUGUCAUUGCCGACAACACGGCCGUGUCGGAAGGAUACGACGAGAUGCUGACCUAUAUGCGUAAUCCGGAGAGCGGCUUCAUCACCAUGACGUUGCCAUUCAGCCAGGGAUUGGAGUUUUGCGUCUAUCUGCCCAACAACUAA